CGGGAUAAAGGCGCCCUAGUGCCGUGGGUCCUCAGCUCCCGGUCCACUGCAGCCAUGGCUCGCACCGCGCUCCUGCUGGCCGCUGCCCUGGUCGCCAUGCUGUCGCUGGCUCUGGCCGCGGAGCCGGUGAAACGCCCGCGCCUGCUGGGCGGCCCGGAGGAGGCGGACGUGCGCGAGGAGGGCGUGCGGCGCGCGUUGGACUUCGCGCUCAGCGAGUACAACAAGGCCAGCAACGACCGCUUCCACAGCCGUGCGCGACAGGUGCUGCGCGCCCGCAAGCAGCUGGUGGCCGGCGUGAACUACUUCCUGGAAGUGGAGAUUGGCAGAACCACCUGCACCAAGUCCCAGCCCAACCUGGCUGACUGUCCGUUCCACGAAGAGCCGCACCUGAAGAGGAACUCGGUCUGCUCUUUCCAGAUCUACACCGUACCAUGGGAGGGCAAAAUCUCCCUCACCAAGUCCAGCUGUCGCGAUGCCUAGGCUCUGUGCCAGGCUAUGCCAUGCUGCCCACCUGUUACCUGUGUCCUCUUUGGUAUCCCCUUCCCUCGAUGAAACUUAGCCCUGGCACAGUCUCCUCAGUGCCCUAGCAACUGGGCACCAGGAAAAAAGCUCCUGCGGGGAAGUUAGACACCCACGAGCUGUUCCCUCUUCCUUUCCUUGACCUUAACCACACCAUUGCAUGGGGCUUGCAGCCGCCCCUGCCUUGCUCAAUAAAAACCUGCACCAGC